GCGAUUACGGUUGGAGUAUUUUCUGUGAAAUGAAGGACCAGCUCGCGUAGGCCGUAGGGUCGUCGGUCGAAUCUCUGCCUCCAGUUUGUCGAGUCGAAUUCGUCAUGUGCAUAGCAGCGUUUCUAUGGCAAGCUCACCCGCUAUAUUCGUUAGUCCUUCUGCUAAACCGUGACGAAUAUCGCAGUAGGCCGACGAAGCCGCUGGAAUGGUGGGAAUGUGGCGAAAUUUUGGGCGGAAGAGAUGGGUUGGCCGGCGGGACGUGGCUGGCUUGCUCCAGAAAUGGCAGAGUUGCAUUCAUCACAAAUUUCAGGGAAGUUCAGUCGCUUCCUCAGGCUAAGAGCAGGGGAGAGCUCCCCGUUCGUUUCUUGAAAAGCCAGAAGAGUCCACUUGACUUCGCCAAAGAAGUUGCAAAGGGAGCACACCUGUACAACGGUUUUAACUUAAUAAUUGCUGACAUUUCCUCCAAAACCAUGUCUUAUAUCACCAAUAGACAAACAAAUGACAGCGACAGCCUUGUCACUGAGGUUUCCCCCGGCAUUCAUAUCCUCACAAAUGCACAACUCGACUCUCCAUGGCCCAAGGCACAGCGACUGGACCAGAGUUUCAGAGAGCUUAUAAACAAAAAUGGCGAUGGGGAACUUUCAGCAGAAGAGAUGGUUGAAAAGAUAAUGACCAACACAGUUAAAGACGACGUGAGCUUGCUACCCGGGAUCUAUUCUCCUCGAACGGAAUAUCAAUAUAGUUCCAUAUUUGUUGAUACAGACACCGAGCUGGGCCGUUUUGGAACUAGAAGCAUAUCUGUUUUGUCCGUGAAGAACAGUGGGGAAGCUUCCUUCUUUGAGAGGCAUCUGGAGAACGAUGCAUGGAUUGACAACCAUUUUACUUUCCAGAUUGAGAACGUCUAAAUCCUGGUCAAGGAUAGUUGGGUUUAAUAAUGUUAAGCUUCUUUCUUCUUGUUAUAAGGAAUCGAAAGGAGAAAGGAUAUUGUAUGGAAGAAGGGUUGAAGAAUAAAUCUAUAAAAGAUAGAAAAUUAGGAUUGAUCAAGGGCUCUUUCUUAUUCCGAUGGUGCUGGCUCUAAUUAUUUUCCAUCUGUGAUAAUCAUUGGUUCAUGUAUAAAAUGGGUGAUAAUGUUCUGCAGCUUCUAUGUGGUCCUUGUUUGAACUUAAAGGCUUAUUUUCUUUGGACGAAUGCACUCAAAGUAUUCUUUCUAGGUUAUGGAUGGAAAGAAAUCAACAUAUUUCUCAGCGGAAACUCGUGUAUUGCUAUUUUUGAAUCAGCUCCUUUAAAUA